UCAGCGCUUUCUGGAGCUCCGCUCUGUCCCGAGUUAACCUGAAAGCGAUCCCGGGACUCGGAAUCCUGGCGAGGCGGGGGCUGCGCUGGGCUUUGGCACGGCUUCCUGGAGGAGGGGGCCUGGAGGAGGAGGGUGUGGGACGGGGAACAGCGGUCCUGGCGGGGGAGGGAAGCGAGGAGCGGCGGCUGCAGGAGCUCCCUAAAAGUUUGGGCUGGAUUUUCCCUGGGCCAUCGCCUAGGCUUCCCGGAACUCAUCCCCAGCCCUUUGUAGUUUUUAUUGUGAGCCAGGGUCUAGUUAAAUCGCUCAGCUUGUGCUGGAACCAGCGAUCCUCCUGCUUCAGGCUCACAGAUUCUGAGAUGUCGCCCCUUUCUUGGGCAAGGAAACAGCGCAACCUUUUUUUUUUUUUUGCCGCACCUACGGCUACGAAUUAGCCAGGUGAAGAUACAGGGCUCAAGCCCAGCUCCGCUGUGAUUCUCUGCGUGCCAAGCCGCGUCCUUUCCCGCGGUUGCGCUGCGGACCCUAACAAUUCGGUCCAGUGUUGCCUUGGGAGCAAUCAUUUCGCUGCACUCAUUGGAAUAUGGGGCUUCGGUUUGUGGGCGGGAUUUGUUUUAUGUGGUCCAAUGGUAGAUCAGAACCUUUGAACACUGCCAGUCAUAUCUCAGAGUAGGCGGGGCCUGCUGCGCGCAGUGGGAAGCGGGCAGGAAGGUCAGGCGGGCGGAUAGCAAGUGGUUAGAUCCAUGUGGCGGAAGCUGCAGAUCCUGGCGGCCUGCAGGCCUCGCAGCCUCUGCACGGCCCCCGGGGCCACCAUCUUCGCGCUGAGCUCCGGUCGCGGCCGCUGCGGCGUCGCGGUGAUCCGGACCAGCGGCCCUGCCAGCCACCAGGCGCUGCGAAGCCUGACCGCGCCCCGUGCCCUGCCCCGCGCGCGCCGCGCCAGCCUGCGCCUGCUGUGCGACCCGCGCUCCGGCGCCCCGCUGGACCGCGCGCUGGUGCUCUGGUUCCCAGGGCCGCAGAGCUUCACUGGCGAGGACUGCGCCGAGUUCCACGUGCACGGAGGCCCCGCGGUGGUGAGCGGCGUCUUGCAGGCUCUGAGCAGCGUCCCUGGGCUGCGGCCAGCUCAGGCUGGCGAGUUCACCAGGCGCGCCUUCGCCCAUGGGAAGCUGAGCCUGCCCGAGGUGGAGGGACUGGCAGACCUGAUCCAUGCGGAAACUGAGGCACAGCGGCGGCAGGCCCUGCGGCAGCUGGAAGGGGAAUUGGGUCAGCUGUCCCACAGCUGGGCCGAGACCCUCACUAAGGCCCUGGCCCACGUGGAGGCCUACAUCGACUUCGCGGAGGAUGACAACCUUGAGGAAGGUGUCCUGGAGCAAGCUGACCAGGAAGUGCAGGCGCUGGAGGUGGCCCUGGGCGCACACCUGCAGGACGCCAGGCGCGGUCAGAGACUCCGCUCAGGGGUGCACGUAGUGGUCACGGGACCUCCGAAUGCUGGCAAGAGCAGCCUAGUGAACCUGCUCAGCCAGAAGCCAGUUUCCAUUGUGUCCUCGGAGCCGGGUACCACCCGUGAUGUGCUGGAGACCCCUGUGGACUUGGCUGGGUUUCCCGUACUGCUGAGUGACACAGCCGGGCUGCGGGAGGGUGUGGGAGCCGUGGAGCAAGAGGGUGUACGGCGAGCCCGGGAGAGGCUGGAGCAGGCCGACCUGGUUCUGGCAGUUUUGGACGCCUCUGACCUGGCUGCUCCGACCUCCCGUGAAUUCCUGGACACAGUCAUGGCCCCACUCGUGAGCCAGGAUCCCAGAGGGAGCAGUCAGCGUCUGCUGCUGGUGCUGAACAAAUGUGACUUGCUGCCUGCCGAAGGUCCACAUCCACAGCCCUGGUCGCACCCCCACCUGCUGUUGUCCUGCCUGACCCGGGAGGGGCUGGAUGGCCUGCUGGGGGCUCUGAGGAAGGAGCUUGCUGUGGUGUGCGGGGACCCAAGCACAGGCCCGCCACUCCUGACCCGUGCACGACACCGUCACCACCUGCAGUGCUGCCUGGAUGCACUGGGCCACUACAAGCAGGCAGGAGACCUGGCCCUGGCUGCUGAGGCCCUGCGCAUUGCCCGGCGGCACCUGACCCAGCUCACAGGCGGAGGGGGCAGUGAGGAGAUCCUAGAUGUCAUCUUUCGGGACUUCUGCGUGGGCAAGUGAGGUGUAUCUUGGGUCUAGCACCCCAGGCCCUGACCCAGCACACCACAUGGCCAAGGGCCUUCUGGGGCCAAUGUGGGUUCCCUUGGACACUGGGAGCUGGCAUGUACAAGGAAAAGGUGAAGUCAGACUGCAAGAUCUCAGAUCUGCCUGCUUUGGGGCCUGAUCUCACUAAAAUUACCACCAGGCUGGCUUCUAGUUUAAGAGCGUCCUGCCUCAGCCUCCCAAAUAGCUGGGCUCACAGGUGGGAGGCACAGCAGGGAAGGUCUUUUGGUUUCAGAGGUUUUGUGUUUGUUUUUGACUUUUUAGUGCUGGGGAUGGAACUGAGUGUCUCCUUCCUGCUCAGCAAGGGCCCACUGAACCCAUUUGCCAGCCUCGUAGUGCUUUCAUUUGUUUUGAAAACAGAGGAACGUGACGAUUCAAGUGGUGCCGCAGUGUUGCAGCACAGGGUCUCUGGGCCAUCUCCGAGGUCCCAGCUGGACAGAUGCAUUUCCAGAACUGCUGAGGCCUUGGGUGCUUGUGUACCUACCAAUCAAAUAGUGGUUUUUUUGUUUUUUGUUUUUUUAGCUGGCUUAGGAUUCCUUCAGGGCAGGUCUGGUAAGGCUGGAGGA